AUGACGAGUACGCGAGCGACAGCCGUCGAAGUACCUUUGAUUUGGAAACAUGUCAACCUAACACUGACAAUACCCUCGUCUCAAUUUCAAUUGAUUCAAUCGCAGAAGGAUGCUUUUCUCCAAUGUCUAGCGAUCAAAGAAGGAGAGAAUGAGGCCGGACCAGGUUCAGCGCUGGAAUUGUGCUUGAAAUAUGUCGAGUUCCUCAUCCGACAACAAUCUUCACGGUCGGCCCUGGUCGCUGUGCUACGAGCAUUUGAGUCUCGGUUCUUGCAAGAUGACGAAGAUAUCCACUCCAAGAUUCUUCACUCCAUUUCAGCUCCCAAGAGUCGGCAGUAUUACCUGUCAGUGUAUUAUCGCGCGGUCGAAUUUGCUGGCAACGGGGAGCUCGAGAAUCACAUCUUUCCUGCGCGCACCCGGAUGAGCGCGUUGUUUCAGCAUGCUCAAACCAACAGAUUUCACCUACUAGCAGUAUUUGGAGGACAGGGAGAAGCAAGUCGAACAUGCAUUCAGGAGCUGAUAGAUCUUCACGCUACCUACAAGCCAAUGUUACAUUCUUUCUUCGGCACGGUCGGCGAUCUGCUCAACAAGCUUUCAAAUCUCCCAGAGUGCCUCUCCUACUUUGGCGCGCAGCCCCUAGAUUUGUGUGCCUGGCUCAAUAAUGGCGCAGCUAUCCCAGACAGUAUUCGUGUUGCUCAAGCCCCGAUCAGCGUUCCGGUGAUAGGAGUACUGAGCCUGGCUCGAUACUGUGUCACAUGCAAACUUCUAGGCUUACACCCUGGCGAGUUGCGUGCGUUGCUCAGAGCCACAACUGGCCACUCGCAGGGACUUUUAAUCUCAGCAGUCGUAUCAAUGUCGGAUUCUUGGGAGUCCUUUUAUGAGAAUAGCGGCCUAGCAGUUGAAGCGCUUUUUUGGUUGGGUUGGGAAUGUCAUCGAAGCGCACCGAGCACUCUUGCACCACAUGCACUCAGUGACUAUGCAGACGACUGUAGCAUGCCAUCCCACAUGCUCAGCGUGCGAGGGUUGAAAGUGACACAGCUCGAGUCGAUAAUAGAACAUAUCAAUCGAGUUCUGCCUUCACAAGGGCAGGUACAUAUGGCGUUGAUCAACGCUCGCGAUCAGUUCGUGGUGGCCGGCCCGUCCACGUCUCUGGUGCACCUUCAAAGCUACCUGAUGAAGAUUGUCAGUUCUGACGAAGAUCAAAGUCGGAUCCCCUUUAACAGCAGAAAACCAUCAAUCCAGACUAGCUUUCUACCCAUAAGCACACCCUUUCACACCCCUUUUCUUACCGAUGCCGGAAAUGCACUCAAGAAACGACUCUCAAGGCACCAGAUAGUAUCCGAGGAUCUCAAACUCCCAGUAUAUCACACAAACACAGGCCAAGAUUUACGGGAGACCAAGGGGAACUUGCUUCAUACCAUAUUCGAUGCCAUCGCGCGGGAGCCUUGCGAUUGGCCUACGGCACUGAUGGGCUCAUUUCAGUCGCCAAAUCCCACCCAAACUGCAUCUCAUAUCAUUGUCUUUGAUCGCGGUGGAUUGGGCCCGUUGGUGAAGAAGGUCCAGGAAGGAAGAGGCAUCCGGGUCAUUCAAGCUAGCGACCUUGACUCCCGCGAUGCUGAGAUUGGGACCAUGCGCGACCUUUUCUCGCCACGCCUCCUAGAAACAUCGACAAGAAUUCAGAGCUGGAGCCAGCGUUAUCAGCCGCGGUUGGCAAAUGGAGGCACGGUUGCUCUUGAGACACGCCUGAGCCGCUUGCUGGGUUCGCCUCCAAUCAUGGUGGCUGGCAUGACACCAACCACUGUGCAUUGGGAUUUUGUUGCCUCCAUCAUGAACGCUGGCUAUCAUGUCGAACUGGCUGGCGGAGGAUACUACAAUAGAUCUGAGAUGACAGCGGCAAUAACGAAGCUGGUCGACAACAUUCGUCCUGGUCGUGGAGUCACCUGCAACCUUAUCUAUGCAAAUCCGCGGGCGAUGAGUUGGCAGAUAGCAAUGCUACGUCGAUUGUCGCAGGAUCGAAUUCCAAUUGACGGGCUCACGAUUGGUGCAGGCGUGCCUUCAGCGGAGGUUGUUUCGGAGUAUAUCCGAACACUCGGACUACGUCAUAUCAGUUUCAAACCGAGUUCAGUAGCUACAAUCCGACAAGUGGUGGAAAUAGCUAAGACACAUCCUGACUUCCCCGUCAUUUUACAAUGGACGGGGGGUCGAGGUGGAGGUCAUCACUCGUAUGAAGACUUCCAUGCUCCGAUUUUGAGCACGUACGGCAUCAUCCGACAGCAGCCGAACAUCUACCUAGUCGCUGGCAGCGGCUUCGGUGAUAGUGACAGCAUAUAUCCGUACCUUACGGGACAAUGGUCUGUUUCGCAUGGCUAUCCGUGUAUGCCCUUUGACGGGAUCCUGCUGGGAAGUCGUCUGAUGGUGGCCCGGGAAGCACAUACCUCUCCUGCCGUGAAAAGAGUCAUCACAAACACUCCUGGCGUGCCGGAUAGCGAGUGGUCACGAACAUACCAUGAGCCUGCGGGAGGAAUUCUUACCGUCCAGUCAGAGAUGGGCGAACCCAUUCACAAGGUUGCCACUCGAGGUGUGCGUCUCUGGGCGGACAUGGACCAAACCGUGUUCAAGCUACCCAGAAAGGAUAGAGUAGCAUACUUGCGCGAAAAUCGGAAGUCCAUCAUACAACGUCUGAACUCCGACUUCGCAAAGCCUUGGUUUGGUCGAGAUUCUCACGGUGCUGUGGUGGAGCUGGAAGACAUGACCUAUGCUGAAGUACUCCAUCGCAUGGUUGAUCUGAUGUACGUCCGUCAUCAAAGGCGAUGGAUAGACCCUUCUUAUGCCAGCUUCACCUUGAACAUGGUCAUUCGGACCCUAGAGCGGUUGCCAUAUUCUUCACUGGCUCAACGUGUCGAUCUUUCCCGGACAGUAGUCUUAGAGAGUCCAGAGCUGUGCCUCCAGUCGGUCUGUGAAGUGUGCCCUGCAGCCCAAGACGAAGCUCUCAAUCCAGAAGACGUCUCGUUCUUUCUUCAGGAAACAAAAAGGGCUGAUCAGAAACCUGUUAACUUCAUACCAGCUCUCAAUGAGGACUUCGAGUGGUAUUUCAAAAAAGACUCGCUCUGGCAGGCUGAGGACGUUGAAGCUGUACCUGAUCAGGAUCCUGAGCGAGUUUGUAUUCUGCACGGGCCUGUGGCUGCACAAUACUCGGUUGACCGCAAUGAAUCUGCCCAAGAGAUAUUGGACGGCAUUAUAGGCGGAGUCAUCGAACGCUUCCAGCGCGAGACCUGCUGCGAAGAGUCAAUUUCGAGCUCAGCUAGCGGUCUCGCCACCCCCGACAGUUGGUCGUCGAUUGCCGGAUUACGGGAGAUAGCGGUUUAUGAUAUAUCGAUUCCUACGUCCAGUUCGACCUCUGACGCUCAUGAUGACCGGUCAGUACAUGUUUCGGCAGCCGGGUUAAGCUUGUCUCGAAGCCUGCCUCUGUGGAUUCACGCAGUAUUCGAAGCCCCAAUCCUGCUGCAGAACCGACGGCGCGAAAGGAAUCCCUUCCAGCAUUUCAUCGCAGCAAAUCCUGACGCAGUAUUUCACUAUGACCCGGAUCGAGGUGAAAUAUCGGUCUGCGUUCAGGAUGCAUGCCGGGUCACUUCCUCCAUGAAGCUUUCUAGUCCGAACGGCGUAAACAUUGUGUUGGAAUUAUAUCCCCCUCAGGUACUCGAGCCACUGCGAUUGCUCUACCGGUUCGACCCUGGCAUUGUACCUUUUAGCCUGAGCGAGAUCAUGGAGCAGAGGAAUGCUCGAGUCAAAUCAUUCUAUAGCCGAUUAUGGUUUGGAGAAGAUGUCUCUACGACUGGCAGUAUCCAUGAUACGUUUUACGGGAAAGAGAUGACACUUACCGAGCAAGUGCUCCAAGACUUGAUUGCGUCUGUUGGCCCGGCUUUCCCGGAUUCUAGACUUGUCUUUCCCGACUCAGAAGUCCUGCCUAUUAGCAUUGCAGUUGUGAUCGUCUGGGAUGUUCUCACCAAGCCAUUGGUUCUCCGGGACGUGGGCGGGGACCUGAUGCGACUGGUCCAUCGGUCAAACACGUUUGAGUACAGCCCAGAUGUGUCCAUGCUCCGUGUCGGUGAUAUCGUGAGCUCACAAUCACAGGUCCGAGCCUUGUAUGUGGAGGAUGCAGGCAUGGUUGUUGUUGUCGAGGCGCAGAUUAUGCGCUCGAGCAACCCAGUUCUUACAGUCACGUCAAGCUUCCUGUUUCGGGGAACUUUCAGAGAAGAGAAGGAACUCUUCAGACGAAUCCAGGAGCCGGAACGCAGGCUCAAGGUGGACAGUGAGCUUGAUGAGACCGUGCUUCGACGCCGCGACUGGUUUUAUGUCGAGGAUGAGACAAUAUCCCUCGCGGGUAAAACCCUUUUGUUCAAGCUGCAUAGCCAUAUCAUCCAUAAAGAGCAUGGGAUGCAGGGACUCCGAGUCGCAGGAACCGCUAGCGCGCAGCUUGGCGGAUACACAUGGAAGGAGGUAGGCACGGUGAAUUACAGCUGCGACAGUUGUAUUGGCAACCCGGUGCUCGAAUUCCUGGAUCGCCGAGGGAGUCUGGCGUCCUCGGAGGUAGAACUCAAGCAUCCGGGAUGGGCGGGCUUGUCCUCUCUUGAAGUGCAGAUGCCGCCGAGUAAUCAGCCAUACGCCAACAUGUCGAAAGAUUUCAAUCCUAUUCAUGUGUCUGCCAUCUUCGCCUCUUUGGCUGACCUUCCUGGAACUCUGACCCAUGGCAUGUGUACUUCCGCCGUCACAGUGGCAGCCUUCGAGCAUCUCGCUCUCCAUGGCAAUAGACGCCGUCUUCGAUCAUUCACGGCCACCUUCACGGGCAUGGUCAUGCCCCUCGAAAAGCUGGACAUCGCAAUCCGGCACACCGGGAUGGUUGAGGGACGCAUGUGCUUUGCGAUUGAUGUUACUCGCAAGGAGGGCGGGGAAAAGGUCCUGGAAGGCCGAGCCACUGUAGAUCAGCCGGCUACCGCGUACCUUUUUACAGGUCAAGGCAGCCAAAGCAAGGGGAUGGGGAUGGACCUUUACGAGUCGAGUCCCGUGGCGAAAGCUUUGUGGGACGAGAUCGAUGCGCAGCUCUAUGCAUCAUACGGGUGGUCUGUGCUGGGCAUUGUGCGCAAUAACCCGACGGCAAUCACGGUGCAUUUCGGUGGUCAACGAGGCCGCAAGAUCCGCCAGAAUUACCUGUCGAUAACGACGGAGACCGUCCUUCCCGAUGGCACCCGCACUGAGGCACCGGCCCUUCCGGGUCUCACGUCUCGUUCCCCCUCAUAUACGUUUACCGACCCGAGAGGUCUAUUGUACUCGACUCAAUUCGCGCAGCCAGCGAUUCUGUUAUUUGAAGUAGCGGUGAUCGCCGAUCUGCGGAGCCAUGGGUAUGUAUCGCCAGACGCAGUGUAUGCCGGCCAUUCGCUGGGAGAGUAUGGGGCAUUGUCGGCCCUUUCACCGUCGAUUCCCAUGGGGGCGCUGGCGGAGUUGUCUUUCUACCGAGGGGUGAUGAUGCAGGCGUCGGUGGCACGGGGGGAGCAGGGCGCAGCGUACGGGAUGCUGGCGGUCAACCCCACACGGGUAGGCAAGUUCUUCGAUUCUGAUGCAUUAGGCAGGCUGGUUGAGGCGAUCGCUGCGGCGAGCCACGAGCUACUGGAGAUUGUCAAUUACAACGUCCGGGGGGAACAAUACGUGUGUUCAGGAACAGACACCAACCUCUGGGUGCUGGGCAAGGUUCUGGAUGGGCUUUCCCAGUCGGCCAACGGGAGCGAACAGGUCGCAGAGAUGAUGAGGGGCGCGACCGCGGCGAGAAGUAUUGAUAUCACGAUCCAGGAUCUCCUGACCGCGGCACACGGUCUGGCCAAGCCCAUCCAGCAACAGCGGGGGGUGGCGAGUAUUCCGCUGCAGGGGAUCGAUGUUCCGUUUCAUUCGAGCCAUUUGAAGUCGACGGUGGAUCGAUUCCGACAGUGCCUGCUCAAACCCGGGUUGUUGGAGGGGAAGGUGAACAUGGCCGACCUGGAAGGGCGAUAUAUUCCGAAUCUCAUGGCGAAGCCGUUUUCGGUGAGUGAGGAGUAUGUUCGUGAGGCGUAUGCGAUGACUCAGAGUCCGAUUCUGGGGGAGAUCUUGGGGAUGCCGGCAUAG